CAGAGGGAGACAGGAAACAGAGCUGUGAAGUCAAUAGCAGCGGAGAGAGGCAAAAAAAAAAAAAGCCUGGGGCAAGUGACAGCGAGGCUUCAUCUAUUUUUUUUUGUUAUGUGGGGCAGUUCUCGGUUAGGUCAACGCAGGUCAUCCCGUGGCCAACGACAGGAGCUGAAAGAGGAAACGGCAAGGAGCCUGGUCUCCCUCAGACAUCGCCGGGGAAUGGCAGGCGACCUAGGGGGAAGUGAGCGCACGUUGGGGGACAGAGAGAGGUGCUAACUGCUGAGAGGAGAUUCCACCGCCCCGUGACGUUAGGCCUCUCCGGCCCCGAGGCAUCCACAAGGCCUCAGCAGUAAAAACUGUCUGUACUGCCCAGAGACCACCAAUCAGAUUGCAGUGUGGAAUCGACAGAGGAAAGUGUGAGGUGCCUGGUGCCUGAGCACAGUGCCGGCAGGUGGAAUCUGCGUAGGACGCCGAGGAGGAGGGCAGGGGAGCUGCAGACUCGGUUGGCAGCUCCAACGGCUCCGCCUCCUGCCAUGAUAUCAGCCGCCCCGCUCUACAGCGGAGUGCACAACUGGACCAGUGCCGACCGCGUGCGCAUGUGCGGCAUCAACGAGGACAGAAGGACGCCUCUCUCUGAUGAAGAAUCAAAGUCGAGCAGUACACAGCCCCUGGGGUGCGAAGAGCGUUGUGUAAGCAGUGUCCUCUCCAAGGUGGAUAUAACGCCAGCGCCCAACCAAAGUGAUGUCCUGAUGGUGCAGGAAGAUGGCGGUGCACAGGUUGGAGCUGGCCAGCGACUAGAGGAGAAACCACCGGACCCCGCCGUCCCCCAGCCUGCCGGAGCCGCCCCACUGUCCAAAUCCAGACCCAAGACUCGAGCACUUCAGGCCAAGCAAGCCGUUAACAUGCUGGAUACAAACGUUCAGACAGCUUUGAGCAAACAUGGUAAAAAGGUAGCGUCUGCCAGGACUCCGGCGCAGGAGAAAGCAGCGGGCACCGAACUCCCUGCCCUUCGGCCUGCCGAUGCCGAUCCUACCACAAAACAAAAGCCUAUCCUGGGCCCUGGAUUACAAAUUGCAGGCCAGCCGGUGGAGGCCUCCCACACAGUAGUUACAUCCAGCUUUGGCACCCUCACCCCAUUCACUAUGAGCAGAAUCUGCUUCCCUGCCACUCAGGUCCCUACCAUGCAGAAGCUUCCUUUGUCCUUUCCGACCGGUACCGUCUUAGCGCCAAGCCAGCCCUUAGUUUACAUCCCUCCCGCCAACUGUGGACAGCCCCUCAGCAUAACUACCGUACCGACCACGUUUAGCGUUACUCCAACUCUAACCCUUCCCAUGCUGUCCGCCUGUUUGCAGGAGCGAUGCCUACUUCAGACCCCUUCAGACAUGCACACCCAUGCUUUUGCCUCUCCUCUGGGAAGACCCUUAACUGCUGACCCUAAAGUGUCUUCUACCGAAUCAAAUAAACCAGCCAGCACAGCCCCUUCUAUUACCUUUACCAACAGCAAUAGUGUCAUCCCAUCAACGGCCGACGGCUCCCCAGCCUCAACUGACACAAUGUCCUCCACACUAACAGCUUUACAGACUCUGUCCGCACAUCCCACUCUUCCCAUGGUCAGCGUAAGCCCCAUAGCCCUCGCAACGUAUUCAAGAACGCCUUCUAGCCUAGAACCUCAAAGCGAUUCCUCCACUUCAUCCGUGUCCCCUUUAAAGUCCCCCCCGCAGCUGGAGCGAGAAAUGGUGUCUCCUCCGGAUGCGUACGAAAUGCCUUUGGACUUGUCCUCUAAAUCGCACCGUCACAAACACGCCCCUUCAAACCAACGUAAGACUCCUCCCAUGCCAGUGUUAACGCCGGUGCACACCAGCGGGAAAGCCUCUCUGUCCUCCGUCUUGUCCAGGUCCGACUGUACCUCCCAGCGGCUCACGCCAAACACCAGCAGUGUUAACCAGACUUUGCGGGGGGCACCACUGGUCAUGUUCCCGGAGUUCUUGAGAAAUGGGGAUCCGGGGUCACCGCAGCUAGCGCCUGGGUCUUGGAUCAAAAACUCAGCUGCUCUCAUUAGUACCAUUCCUGGUACGUAUGUAGGGGUGGCCAACCCAGUGCCUGCCUCCGUGUUGUUGAACAAGGACUCGAACUUGAGCCUUAGCACAGACUCCCGCCAUCUGGCAAAGCAGGAACCUAUCUCAAUCAUUGACCAGGGAGAGCCAAAGAACUCAGGGUUGUGCGGCAAGAAAAACAGCCAGGCGAACGUCGGCGGCCUGCAGUCCACUGAAAAACGAAAUCUACUCGGACGCGUUGCUACAGUGAACUCUGUAUGCCCGCCAAAGGAUUGGACCUUAUCUGGGCUCGGGACGGUACACCCAAAGUGUCCCUUAAACGGGAAGCCUAGCAAUUCUCAGGUUCUGCCAGUAAGUUGGUCUCACUACCAGUCAUCGCUGCUUUCCAUCGGCUUACAGGCCACAAGCACACACCAUCCAAACCAAGGUCCUCCUCACAGACUUCCGGUUGCAGAAUACACUUUAUUCCCCAACAUUCUUCCAGCCGAGUCCAAUGCAAAGCCUCAAAAUACAGGUGACUCCACGCUCAAUGUCCAACUGAAAAACUCUGCUGCUCCAGAGCCGGACACGUUGGGCAAGGCAAGGACGUGCGAGACUCUUUCCAAGCAGCAUAAAUCCCAUAAAAACAAAGCACUGCUUGCACCAAAACCUUCCGCAGGAAAUAAUGUUGUAUACCCUCAGCCAGGUGUGGCGGACAGAGCAGAUUGUAGUGCAAAUCCUCUUCAGGUGGCGGAGGAAAGCCCCCUUUUAAAUAAAGUUUCGAAAAAAACGAACUGCAAAGAGGACAAAAUCCGGCCAAAGCUGAGCUGCAGUCGGAAGAUCUUCGGCGACGCCAAGCCGAAAAACAACGUCUUGGCCUCCUACAUGACUGACCAGCUGACCACGGCCCAACCAAAAGACAGUAGCCGUGGCUUGCCUGCGCUGGAUCAGGACUGCACUAAAAAGGACUCAAAGGCCGACUCUUCGCAGGAGCAGCCCGCCCGGCGGAAACGGAGCCACAAAAAGGCACACGCGCCGGAGGCUGCGCACUGCGUACAGGAGGUAGACUUGAGCAAGGUCAAAAUCGAGAGGAUAGACGACGACGAGGAAAGCUUUGGACGCUUGCCGAGCUUUAACCAUUCGUCGUGGUCGCCCGUGGAAAUGCCGCCGAUUGCCAUCGUUAAGGUCAGGGUGAAGAAGGAGCCGGGGUUGAGAGGACGGAUAAAAAAGCUGGAGGAGCUGACGCCGGCCAAGGCCACCCAACCCAAGUCAAAGUAUAAAGCAAAGCAAAAAGAUGUCGCGGAUAAAAGCACGGAGGAACCUCCGAAAAGGAAGUACAAGAGACGGGCGGCUUCCUCGGUCCCCGAGAAGAAAGAACCCAAGCCUGCCAAGUCCAAGAAGGAACCGACCGUUGUCCGGACCAGGCGGAGGAGGAGGAAAGUGAUAAAGAGCGAGCCCCUGGAUCCGGAGUACGAUCUGGCUACGCCAGAGAGAAAACCCAAAAACAAUUUCCGAGACUUCAUCCCAGUCGUCUUAAAAAGCAGAACCCGCAGCCAGACAGGUAACUUUGGAUUCUCCGAUAUUGUGACAUCAUCCAAAGAGCCUUUGCCAACCGAGAAAGAUGGCGAGGAAGAGGAGACGGGUACCCCUUGCAAAAAGCGGAGAGGAAGGCGACCGUACAAAGGGUGCCGGACACGUAGGUUUGCCUCCAUCAAGGAGGAGCCUGAACCGGAGCCAAUCACCUCGCCGGUGCAGAACUCCUGGGAGAUGUCCAGCAGAGGCCUCAACGCCGGGAAAUCUACAGCCGCCUCUGAGCCAGAAGACGAGGGGAAUGAAGACGGUACAUUAAGGCGGAGGAAGAGGAGGAGGCAGAAAAAUCGGAAAUACCAGAACGGGGAAUAUCUGACGGAGAAAGAGGAGGAAGAGGUGUCUCAGUGUUUCCGGAAGAGACGGUCCCGGAGAGGUCCCUAUAAAAAGAAGUCAUCACCAGACAGGAAGAGCGGGUCCUUAAAAACCAAGAACUCCCCAUCUAACCCGAGACAAGGCUCCUCAAGAGGCAGCCCAGAGCACUCCACCUCGGGCGGGACGAUGGACAAACCCUCCGGGAAACGCACGUGCAAAACGAAACACCUGGGAGGAAGCACGGACGAGGAGAUGAAGGGGAAGGGACGUCGGGGCUUGCAGUCCCCCAAAUCCUCGCUUGGGAAAUCUCCGCGGAAGGGCAGCGAACCCGGGACCCCGCACAGGUCUCGGCGUGGCGGCGCCCUGGGCUCCUGCGGCACUCCCAGCGGUCAGCACAUACCGCCAGAAGCCAGGAAGCUGAUUGUGAAUAAGAACGCCGGGGAGACGCUGCUACAGAGGGCGGCAAGGCUCGGGUAUAAGGAUGUGGUGCUGUACUGUCUGCAGCGAGAUCCAGGAGACAUCAACCACCGAGAUAACGCUGGAUACACCGCCCUGCACGAGGCUUGCGCGCGCGGCUGGACCGACAUCCUACAGGUCCUCCUGGAUAACGGGGCCAACGUGAACUGCAGCGCUCAGGACGGGACCCGGCCCAUACACGACGCAGUGGUCAACGACAACCUAGAAACGGUGUGGCUGCUUCUCUCCUACGGUGCCGAUCCCACGCUGGCCACCUACUCCGGACAGACGCCCAUGAGGCUGGCCAGCAGCGAUGUCAUGAGGACCUUCCUGAGCGAUUACCUCUCAGACCUGCGAGGACGCAGCGACGGCGACCCACGUGCAUCAUGGGACUUCUACAGUAGCUCCGUACUAGAUGCUAAAGAUGAAGUUUUCCACAACGUUCUCUUAGACCCGUCCGAGACGUCCAAGAAGGAGGAAGGGGAGAAGGACGAGGAAGACAACUUCCUGUUUGAGUUCUCGGAGAUACCGCUCAUCCCCUGCUACAACCUGCAGGUCUCCCUGACUAGCGGACCCGGUAACUGGUUCCUCAUCUCCGACAUCCUGAAGAAGCUGAAGCUGUCCUCCCGGAUAUUCCAGGCUCGCUACCCGCACUUUGAAAUCGCCAGCAUGCAGAAGAAGGAGUUUACCCGCCAGGCGUUCACCAGUCAGAUCCUCACGCCCUCCGAGGGGGUGGACCUCUGGCCUCAGGACAGUGGGGAGACUGUAGAGUUAAUCAGGUAUGAAGCGGAACUAAUCCGACUCUUGGGCUCUGCGGUGGAAUUCCAGGACGCCAGCAGCUGACGAGGGAGGAAAAGGUUCCGUGCGAGACCUUUGCAGCUGCUUUAUAGGCAAUAAAAACAAGAGGAGGAGGCCUUAGCAAUGCCAGCACCGGCGAGUGGAUGUCUCGGGUUUUAGCAU